AUGGUACAGGGAAUCAAUGAAACGAUGUCUUCUUAUCAAGGAAUGGACUGUCUUCUCCUUGCAGAGCAUAAUUUAUUACGUGAGGCAUUUAUUAUUGCAAUGUCUUGUCUAGGGAUUCAGCAAUAUAUGGGUAUGCUUCCAUAUCUAUUUAAUUCUCUCAACAGAAUAUGGACCCAGAAGGAGUGGAAUAAGAAAUAUGUGUGUACCAUGUCUGGAUUGAGCAAUCUAUUUUCUGAUGGUAAAUUUUUGAAGAUGUCUUAUCACGUUAUGAAAUUCUGUGAUGAAAAGCUUAUGAGCGGAAUAAAGGAGUAUGGUGCUUGUGAUGUUUUCUCCAUAGCUCUUUUGGAGUUAAUCAUUCCUCUGUUUUUGCGGCUGCUCCGUUGUAUACAUGUACUUUGGAGAGCGGAAAUUGGUGCUGACUUGUUGCCUAAAGCUGUUGAAAAGGCUAAAAGCUUGAGCUGUAUGGAGCUUGACCAUUUGCUUGAAAUUUCUGAUGGGCUGUACACUAUUGACAGUCAGGAAAUAUUCCGCGAGAAUGAGACAAAGGCACUGUUAGAGGGAACUCGACAGAGAGUGUACAAUUUUAUAGGUCUAUGUAUAACCAUCAAGGGGGCAUUCCCUAAGUUAUUGGAAAGUCUAUCUGUUGGUAAUGCAUUCACGGAAGCUUUGGAGUGUAUGGAAUUGAGGCAUUUAGGGAAGCUUAUCCAUCUUGUAGUUAUUCCUCUGGUCAAGCAUUGUCCCGUUGAAAUCUUGGAGUGGACAGUCAACUUAUUAGAGCCCAUACUAUUGGAGUGCGAGGAUAGACUUCAUGGUACUUGGUUUUAUCUUCUUUAUAAAAGACAACCACACAACCUUCUCAACUAUGGUAAUCUCGUUGGAGAAGAUGAACAAAUAAAUAAAACGAGAUAUAAGCUACUGCUAGAGUUUACUCGAAAGGUGUCAGAUUUGCUUAAUGCCUUAGAAUUGAUGGAAAAAACUGUUGCGCCUCUACAUGAAGAUGUUAAACCUAUCUGCAACAAGGACACUGUCUCUUCUCAAGAUUUGAACUCCAUGGCACCACCUUCUUUCUGCAGCUUGCAGUUUCAACAAAUGAUGUGCGGCUUGAGCAUUUGA